GCUGCUCAGCCUCGCUUCCUGGGAGCAGGUACGUGUUUUUAUUAUAUUUAUUUACCACGAAAACAAAAAGAAAACCUGGUAAGAAGCCGUUAAAGUGCUUUCGUGUGAGGUUUGUGAACACGCAGCAGCCGCGUCGCUCCAACUGUAACGAUGUACACGCACUUUUAACUCUAAAAAUAGGCGCUGUUUACGUAGUUUACGCUGUUUACGCAGUCAUUCAAAGUCUGACCCUCCAUACUUUUUCAGAGUUUGAAGAACUGCGUAAGCAGCGUAAAGUCCGACAUUUUGUGUAAACGUUUAAAAAAACAGUUUCGCUCAUCUCACAGUAGAGUUUUAGGCUUUAAAAAAACGUCUGUUCACAAAUCGAAUCACGACGUCACACAAAAUCAGCGACUUCUUAAUGUGACAGUAUAGAAAAACAGUUCUAAUCUGUUCUCUUAAAUGUACGUAAAGUUAUGUGCAUAUAAACAUAUUUAUAACUUCAAAAUAAACAUUUGUCGACAAAAGAUAAAUCUUCCAUUUACAUUUCAUAAAAUUAUUUAUUAAAUCAUAUUUUUUAAGAGGUUUUUGUAGAAACGUGUCUUGUUUCUGUGUAUGUGUGUGAGUCAAGGAUCACGCUGACUUUGAAUGUAAACCUGGGGGGUAUUCCAGAAAGCAGGUUCAACAAACUAUCUGUCUAUCCCUGAACUCUGAGUCGACUUACUCUGAGUCGGGAAACUCUGAAUAUCCGGUUCCAGAACAGCUGAUCUGAGUUAGUUCAAUCAACUCUGAGUAUGUUAACCUCGAGUUACGCGUGUGCACAACCACUAUAAAAAGCCAUCAUCAAUGGAGCCCCGAUACCACGAGGAAAAAAAAAGAUCAACUUAUUUCAGUGAGAAGGAGUUGGAGAUCCUUAUGCUGGCCUACGGAGAAUAUGAGCACAUAUUUCGCCGCAAAUGCAACACAGCUGCAGCAGCGAAGGAGAGAGAGACCACAUGGGAGAAAAUUGCUGCCCGAGUCAAUGCGUGCAAUCCAACAGGAGAAAGGAGGACUUGGAAGCAGCUCAAAAUGAAACAUAAAAACAUCAUUCAAAAAGCCAACAGAAAGAAGGCAGAGGCCCAAAAAACGGGUGGAGGGCCACCUCCACCACCUCUGACAGAGGCUGAGGAGCUGGCUCUCAGCCAAUACAGGGGUCGCCCUGUGGCUGAAGGCAUCCCCGGGGGAAGCUCAUCUGAGCCUGUCACCCCCCAGGACACAAGUGCCUACAUCAGAUUUGUGGAUGGUGUCUUCUGCCUGGUUCAGCCUCCGACUGAAACAAUUGUUAACCCUGCAGCUGUAAGUAUUCCAUACUCAGAUCUUGCCUCAGAUGGUAGUUCAAAGUAUUCUGAAACAGUAUCUUUUCCUGCAUCACAGGAGGAGGAGGAGGAGGAGGUGGAGGAGGAGGUGAUGAUGAGGAAACGCUGUCUGCUGCCACAGGGAGAGAUCCGGAGGGGCCUACUGAAAACAUGGCUGGGCAUCACCAAGAGGAGGGUCCAUCAACUUCUAGAGCACAGCUUGACACAGUGAGAUUUUCGGUCAAUACCAUGUUAAAUCUGUAUGUAGAACUGCAGGAAUUAAAUGUCGUCCAUAUGUUUCCGAGUUGCCGGUAAAAGAGUUGUACAGGGUGCACCUAAUGAAAACCAUUCAAAAAAACGAGAAAGAAAUGGUGUACCUGGACCGGCAAAUCAGAAAAACAGACUUGGAAAUUCUAUUACUUGAACGCCAGUUGAGGUGGGGGCAUUGUCAUGGUGAAACAGGUGAAUAUGUGAAAUAUAUUAAUAGUUGGAACUAUAUUACAAAUCCUGACUGUUGCUUUUGUACUUUUAGGGAAUAAAGAAGAGC